CUUCAGUUCCUCAAACACAGAAAUCCCUGUCUGUGAUAGUGCCGAGUCAGUCUGAUGUUCUGAGCUGACAGGGAAUUGUCACAGAUGUCUGAUGAGGAGCCUCUUGUGUGUAAUGGUCCACAAAGUGAGCGGACACACCACAGGACAUCAAGAACAGAUGUGGACCCCACGCUCGUGGAGAACCUCAGGAGAAAGCUCAAAUAUUUCUUCAUGAGUCCUUGUCAGAAGUACAGAGCCAGAGGUCGAAAGCCAUGGAAACUAUUGCUGCAGUUUCUCAAGAUCGUCAUUAUUACUGUGCAGCUUAUCUCCUUUGGACUGAGCAAUGAGAUGAUGGUCACAUUCAAAGAGCAGAAUCUCAUGGCCUUCAGACAUUUAUUUCUGAAGAAUUAUCAGGACAGUGAUCCAGAUUACGCCGUAUACACCAAACAUGAUGUGCGUGACCACAUCCAGUACAUCAUCAGAAGGUAUCUCAACCUUCAAAACCUGACUGCUGGUAAUCAUGCGUUGGAGAAGAUCGAUGGGAUGUUCAGUCCGCUGUCAGUUUGUCAGGAGCUCUAUCGACAUGCUGACAUUUCACCAUCCAAUGAAACCUUUGAUAUUGAUCCUCAUGUAGACACAGAAUGUAUUUUAAUUUACCCGACAUCACCCUACAAGAAUGAGUCUUUGACAAGUGACAUGAACCUCACUAUUGACUUUCAAAGCCUUCUAGCGGUGAACAUUUAUUUCAAAGUCAAGGCUAUAAACAUUCAAACAGUCCGCCAUCAAGACUUACCCGACUGCUAUGACUUUAACAUUAAUAUUAUGUUUGACAACCACGCACAAAGUGGCCAAAUCCCAAUAUCUCUCAGCAGUGAUGUUCAGAUCAAGGGCUGUAAAAACGGGAAUGUUUCAGGCUCGACAGACAUUCACUUUAUGCUGAUAGUUGUGUUUGACUGUGUGGUCAUCUGUGCCUGUUUGCUGUCACUCGCUCUCUGCAUGCGCUCUGUCUUCACGGGCAUUUUCUUACAGUUUGAAUACACAGCACAUGUGUUGAAUGAGAACAGUAAAAGUGUGUCGUGGUCUGAGAGACUUGAGUUCAUUAACGGCUGGUACAUUCUCAUCAUCAUCAGUGACACAUUGACCGUUGCAGGUUCAGUUCUCAAGAUAUGUAUUCAGAGCAAGGAACUGACCAACUAUGAUGAGUGCAGUAUACUGCUAGGCACCGCAACAAUGCUGGUGUGGAUCGGAGUCAUGCGCUACUUCAGUUUCUUUCAGAAGUAUUAUAUCCUCAUCCUCACUCUGCGGGCUGCUCUUCCCAAUGUGAUUCGAUUCUCUCUCUGUGCUGUCAUGAUUUAUCUCAGCUACUGUUUCUGUGGAUGGAUCGUUCUGGGGCCGCACCAUGAAAAUUUUCGAACAUUCAAUAGGGCAGCAGACUGCUUAUUCGCUAUGAUUAACGGGGAUGAAAUCUAUUCCACCUUCACCAAACUCCGUGAGAAGAGCUACCUGGUGUGGGUGUUCAGCGGUCUGUACGUCUACACUUUCAUCCCACUCUUCACCUACAUGGUGCUGAGCCUUUUCAUCGCCAUCAUCACAGAAACGUAUGAGACCAUCAAGCAUAAUCAGAAGGACGGAGCAGCAGUUUCAGAGCUGCGGGCAUUCAUAGCUGAAUGCAGGGACUCACCCGACUCGGGCAAAUACGUGAUGGAUGAUGAAACCUCCAGCUUCUGCUGCUUUUGUGCUGCAUGCACAUAGUGCAUUCAAACCCAUGACAAGACAUUGAGAGCAGUGACCUCUUCUGUUCGGCUCAAGAUACUGCAAGAGCUUAAUAAGUCGGCAAACAAAUACUCCUACACUAGUCAUUCAAAGGAAUAUUUUAACCAGAGACUUCAACUCAUUUCAUGUCAUUCCAAUAUAAGUUCCUUUUUUGCCAUAAACACAAAGGCAGAUAUUUUGAAGAUUGCACUGUUUUUAUUUCUGUAUUUUUAUUAGGAAUGGCAACUGGCACUCACAAGCUCAAGAAAGCACAGUUCAUAUAAGUCCAUGUGCUUUAUGACUAGUCGUCUGAAGUCAAACUGCUGAUAUUCAACACCGGAUUAAUGAAUGCAACGUUCUUCUGAAUCUCUUUGGACUCAGUGGUUCAGUUGCAUGACAAGGUUGUAUUCACUCUCAAGUCAUUGAAAUCCUUUAUAUGAUGUUCAAUGUUGAUUGGUUUUUAACACUCUUCAAAAUAUCUUCUUUGUGUUGUGCAGAAGAAAUAAAGUCAUUCUGAAUUCUCAGAACUAUCCAUUUAAAAGCUUAAAUGAGAAGAAGUGAAUUACAAAUGGAAUUUAAUAAACAUUCGUAUGACAAAAGAACGGACAUGUAGUGCAUGAAACAUUUCAAGUGCUUUUAUGAUAGCCGACCUUCUUAUUGCCAUUGCCAUGUUUUGGAAGCUUCACUUCCCAUUGAUUUAAUUAUAAUUUAUUUUCAUUAAAAGUAUUUUUGAGUCAAUGA